AGGUACAUGGUGUUUGAGGACAGUCAGGACACGGAGAAGAAGGACCUUCAGGGUCGACUGGUGAUGCUGGAGUCUCACACACGUCAAAUGGAGCUCAAGACCAGGAACUACUCGGACCAGAGUGAGUCUUAACAAACACGCAUACAUACAAAUGCAUACUCAAUCAGUUACAUAAUCGAUCAAUCAAUCAUUGUCUUUUAGGACCGGAGCUGUGAACCCUUAAUCAGUUUCUCCCCUAGGAAUCUUUUCAGCAGUGGUGGCAAGGGUGGGUGGGGGGUUGGGGGGUGGGGGAGGGUUGGAUGUGUCUGUAUGUGCAGUCUAUAAGGGUUUGUUCUGAGGUGUCUGUAUGUUAAAUGGAGACUUUCAUUUAAUUCUGCAUUUCUUGCGUCACACCUCAAAGUAAGUUUAUUCUGGUCUGCUGAGUUGGUGUUUGACUCUGAUUGGGUUAACUAACCACUUUAUGGGGAAGUACAUGUAUGGCUCUCUGCCAGCUGACCCUGACUGAGUACACACACACACACACACACACACACCCACACACUGCCUGACUUGAUAUUCACCAACACUCACAGCCAGGUCCACAGUCCUUGUUCUCUCCCAUUCUGGCUUCUCCCCUGUCACCACAUCUUCCUUUCUUUUAUUCCACUUUCAGUUCUUUCUUCCUUUAGCCGUUAUCUCUCUGUCUCUCUCUCUCAUAUAAACUAGAUAGGGAGAGGCUGAGCAGUAAUACGCAUGUGUUGAGUCCUCGAGAUGUGAGAACUCCUCAUGAGGCCAGCUCAUAGUUCAGAUUGCUCAUCAGUUGUGGGUAGAGUAGAUGAACAGGACAGAUAUAGUAGACCGCAAGCCCUAAACAUACUUCCACUUCCCAAUACACACACAGCAGGUUAAUUCCUAAAGGCUUAUUUCUGUCUGUUCAUUCUCUACUUGGUUCCUCUUUGUCUACCGGUAGUCACUAGUCAUGGUAACAAGUAACUCACAAAUCACAUAGCCAGCUGAGCUAAGUCCUAGGCAUUCACUAAACCACCUCCGACGGUCUCGAUUUGAAGCCUUUCUACUGAAGCAAAUCCCAGACAUAUAUCAUAUUCAACUAAGAGCCAACGACAAAAACCCACAGUCUGCUGUUAGCCAUGCUACCAUAGAGAAAUGUAGAGAGGGGUAGCAGAUUUGAUUAGACAACUGUGUUAGCAUUUACUGACACAAACGCCACACGCUGUGUUGGGAGGGUCAUUGUCAAUAAGCAGAUGGUAGGCCUGCUUGGGUUAGUGUCUCUAUCUUAUACAAUCUGCCUUUGUGACAGGGCAUUGGUCGAGUUCGUUUCGCAUGGCCCGGUGCCCCGUGUGGGCGGAGUUAGCUCAUUUUAGACCAUUCCAUUGGUUCUUAAAUGAAAUCUCCACCCACCCGGGGGACCGGCCAUGCAAAUACGAAUUCCACCGUUGUUAGGCUGGGCAGUCAUCUGAACACUCUCACUCACUCACACACUCACACAGGACAUUGUCAGGGUGUUUUCACUAUAAACAGUCCAUGCCAGCCAAGUUUCCUACACAGUGGAUUAAGUUACAGGGCUCAGAGCUAUGUGUUUGACUGAAAUAGAGUGGAGUUGAUUCUAAUGUAUGCUAGUGUGUUUGGGUUGCUGCUUGUGCUUUUUUUAUCUUACAGUUUAAACAUGGCUUCCGAGGGUGUGAUGACUAGUACGACUUUGUGUAUGAAACGGCAUAGAAUUCCUGAAGUUUUUCAUAGGGAAACGUUUUUACUCAUGGCAGGAUUAUGGCUGCUCAGGGACCCCUAACCCAAAGCUGUGGAAAAGAUCUCUGCAUGAGUGUUUGAUCAUGCCAGACAGUGUUUUUACUAGUGCACUAACGACACCUGGUUGUCAUGCACUGCUACUACAACUGACAGCAGUUUGAUACUGUACUUGGUUUCUCAUCUUGGAAGCCUGUUUUGAGACAGAUUACUGAUGUUCACGGACAGAUGUUACUGAUGUUCACUGACAGAUAUAACUGAUGUUCACUGACAUAUAAUACUGAUGUUCACGGGCCGACGUUACUGAUGAUCACGGGGCGACGUUACUGAUGAUCACGGGGCGACGUUACUGAUGAUCACGGGCUGACGUUACUGAUGAUCACGGGGCGACGUUACUGAUGUUCACGGGGCGACGUUACUGAUGAUCACGGGGCGACGUUACUGAUGUUCACGGGGCGACGUUACUGAUUAUCACGGGGCGACGUUACUGAUGGUCAUGGACCGACGUUACUGAUGUUCACGGGCUGACGUUACUGAUGAUCACGGGGCGACGUUACUGAUGAUCACGGGGCGACGUUACUGAUGAUCACGGGGCGACGUUACUGAUGAUCACGGGGCGACGUUACUGAUGGUCACGGACCGACGUUACUGAUGUUCACGGACCAAUGUUACUGAUGUUCCAAGAUUGCAUUCACUUUUAAGUAACUGUACACAAAAGGCUUUUGUAUCUUCUGUAUAACAGUUUAAGUGUUCUUUUGCCUCAUUGACCAUGUUGUUCUGUUUUAACUGAGAUCACACGUCUAACCGUUCUCUAUUUCAGUCGGCAGAUUGGAGGAACGAGAAGCCGAGAUGAAGAAGGAGUACAAUGCCCUCCACCAGAGGCACACAGAGGUAUGAGGAGGGAAGGGAAGUGUGUUGUAGUGCGUAUUGGGACACUGAAAUUCCAAUUCUCUUCCAAUGCUUUUCAAUUAGGAAAAUGUGGAUUGGAAUUUGGUUUACUUUCAGAGUUGACCCCAACCGUGAUUGGGACUGUUCCAUUCUUUCCAUUGUACUGGGCAAACUAAAUCAAGUAAAACUCAAGUAUUUGUAAGUAUAUGACAUAUGUUUGAGACCCAGGUCUGCAGACUAUUGCAUCCUAUUGUUGAGAGAGAGAGAAUCCCUAUAUGAAGUAUGUUGCCUCAACUCAGUCUGUCUAAAGUCUGUUAUCCAUAAUGUAUUACUAACACAUUGGCCCAGAUGCCAAAACAAACCACUCUGGCCUGCUGCAUAGAGAACAUGACAUUUUAAAUAUGGACGGAAAUUAGAUUAUAGAAGCUAUCACACAAUGCACAGUUGACAGCUGAGUACCAAACAUGCCAGGAGGCUGUCUGUUCCAGCUGUAUAUGGAUACAAAAACCCCAUAAGAAACAGUUGGCAUCAUGGCCAUCUUCACCGAUGUACACUACCGGUCAAAAGUUUUAGAACACCUACUCAUUCAAGGGUUUUUCUUUAUUUUUACUAUUUUCUACAUUGUAGAAUAAUAGUGAAGACAUCAAAACUAUGAAAUAACACAUAUGGAAUCAUGAAGUAACCAAAAAAAGUGUUAAACAAAUCAAAUAAUAUAUAUUUUAUAUUUGAGAUUCUUCAAAUAGCCACCCUUUGCCUUGAUGAUAGCUUUGCACACUCUUGGCAUUCUCUCAUCCAGCUUCAUGAGGUAGUCACCUGGAAUGCAUUUCAAUUAACAGGUGUGCCUUCUUAAAAGUUAAUUUGUGGAAUUUAUUUCCUCCUUAAUGCGUUUGAGCCAAUCAGUUGUGUUGUGACAAGGUGGGGGGGUAUACAGAAGAUAGCCCUGUUUGGUAAAAGACCAAGUCCAUAUUAUGGCAAGAACAGCUCAAAUAAGCAAAGAGAAACGACAGUUCAUCAUUACAUUAAGACAUGAAGGUCAGUCAAUACGAAACAUUUCAAGAACUUUGAAAGUUUCUUCAAGUGCAGUCGCAAAAACAAUCAAGCGCUAUGAUGAAACUGGCUCUCAUGAGGACCGCCACAGGAAUGGAAGACCCAGAGUUACCACUGUUGCAGAGGAUAAGUUCAUUAGAGUUACCAGCCUCAGAAAUUGCAGGCCAAAUAUAUGCUUUGCAGAGUUCAAGUAACAGACACAUCUCAACAUCAACUGUUCAGAGGAGACUGUGUGAAUCAGGCCUUCAUGGUCGAAUUGCUGAAAAGAAACUACUACUAAAGUACACCAAUAAGAAGAAGAGACUUGCUUGGGCCAAGAAAGACGUGCAAUGGACUUUAUACCGAUGGAAAUUUGUCCUUUUUGGUCUGGAGUCCAGAUUUGAGAUUUUUGGUUCCAACCACCAUGUCUUUGUGAGACGCGGUGUGGGUGAACGGAUGAUCUCCGCAUGUGUAGUUCCCACCGUAAAGCAUGGAGGAGGAGGUGUUAUGGUGUAGGGGUGCUUUGCUGGUGACACUGUCUGUGACUUAUUUAUAAUUCAAGACACACUUAACCAGCAUGGCUACCACAGCAUUCUGCAGCGAUACGCCAUCCCAUCUGGUUUGGGCUUAGUGGGACUAUCAUUUGUUUUUCAACAGGACAAUAACCCAACACACCUCCGGGCUGUGAAAGGGCAUUUCUCCCAAGAAGGAGAGUGAUGGAGUGCUGCCUCAGAUGACCUGUCCUCCACAAUCCCCCGACCUCAACCAAAUUGAGAUGGUUUGGGAUGAGUCGGACGGCAGAGGUGAAGGAAAAGCAGCCAACAAGUGCUCAGUAUAUGUGGGAACAAAAAGAGUGUGCAAAGUCUGUCAUAAAGGCAAAGGGUGACUAUUUGAAGAAUCUCAAAUAUAAAAUGUAUUUUGAUUUGUGUAACACUUUUUUGGUUACUACAUGAUUCCAUAUUACAUUUUACAUUUUAGUCAUUUAGCAGACGCUCUUAUCCAGAGCGACUUGCAGUUAGUACGUUUUUACAGUUUUUUUUUUGUCAUACUGGUCCCCCGUGGGAAACGAACCCACAUCCCUGCCGGCCAAAUCCUCCCCUACCUUGGACAACGCUGGACCAAUUGUGCACCGCCCAUGGGUAUCCGGUCGCGGCCGGCUGCGACAGAGCCUGGACUCGAACCAGGAUCUCUAGUGGCACAGCUAGCAAUGCGAUGCAGUGCCUUAGACCACUGCGCCACUCGGGAGCCAUAUGUGUUAUUUCAUAGUUUUGAUGUCUUCACUAUUAGAAAAUAGUAAAAAUAAAGAAAAACCCUUGAAUGAGUAGGUGUUCUAAAACGUAUGACCGGUAGUGUAUUCCAAUAGGGCCACUCCCUGUCCACGCUAACCCCCCCCCCCCCCCCCCCGUCUCCCUGUGGUAUGUCCUAUGCAGAUGAUCCACAGUUACAUGGAGCACUUGGAACGUACCAAACACCAGCAGGAGACAUCGUCGGACACAAGCACAAGCAGAUCAAGGUAAGGUCAUAUAUACAACUCUCAAAGUCCCAUUCCAAGAUCACUGCGUGCACAGUAUCAUAUAGCAGUGUUUCCCAAAUACACUGCUGGCUCGUGGCCAGUUCAUCCUGGGUAGCGCAUGUGUUUGCAUUUUAGUAUACAGCGUCCGUAUCAGUAUAGCACAUCAACAUUCAUUGGCAUAGUUGGCUCCUCACCCUGAGAGAGUAAGUUGAUGUGAAGUGCUUCAUCACUGUGGCAACACUCCUAUGAUCACUGCUCUCCACAGGCAGUUCAAUGUAGGUCAGAACCUGAUGGACAGAAGAACAGAGAAGAGAUGGGAGGAGGGGAUGGGCAGGGGGAGGGGGGGAUGGGAGGGCAGGCGAAAGAGAGGAGAGGAUAGGAGGUGACAUUUUAGGGGAUCUGAGGCGGAUGAAGAGGAGAUAUAGAGAUUGAGUGGGACUAUUCAACUGUAUAUGAACCAGCCAGAGGUUUUCAGUGGUCAGCUGCAGUAAUCCCACAGUGUGAUGAUUAUAGGGAUUCAGAGAUGUAGUGUUUUAGUCUGCUGAGCAGAUCAGAUUUGUGAGCGAAACAGCAGUGAAAGAGGUCAUGGUCUCCCGCUGGACAAGCCUCCAUUUUGAACGGUAUAGAGAGGGAGGAUUACUUUGACCACUACAUCAGAUCAAAGCAGAUUGUGAUGCUUUUUAGAUUUAAACAGAUUUAAACUGUUUGUGUUUUGUGUUCACAAGGCGGUUUCCCCUAACAGAAGUGUUACAUUAUUUAUUGUGUGUGUGUGUGGCAGCAGCCCACCACAUUCUCUCUGGAGCAGCAGACGCUGCCAGUAUCCACAGGUUUGUCCUCCUCCCAGUCUCUCCCUGGCUCAGCCAAUCAGCAUCGAGCUGAGAGGAGGCAUAUGUUACCAUCUCUGAUGCUGCCUCAGCAUCCGAUAGGGAGGGAGGAGAAGGGAGGGAGGGGAGAGUGAGAGCGAGAAUUCUAGACUGUACAGCGGCAGCAGUGUCGCAGCUUAGCAAAGAAAGGAGGACAAGCAGGAGUAUCGUAUGUCAGAAAGAGGAUACGAUGCAUCAAAAGAGAGGAGAGGAGAAAAGGACAACUGUUGCAAAGCCUCUCUCUCUCUCUGGAUGAUGUCACAGCAGUGUUGAACUGAAGCCGGUAUCACUCUACAGUAGCAGCUGCUGCUCUGCAUCUCUCUGCCUCCACCACCACCACCGCUGCUCAUGGAAUUACUGCUGCUGCUGCUGUUUCUGUGGCCGUCACUCGUUGGCCUGCUGGUCUGAGCUCACAUAGCGCCUGACUGCUCUACUCUGAACCAGAUCUCCUGUACCUGACCGUUCUUCUCACUUCAACAGUCAGCUAUAGAUGUGAGGUGUACUUUGUCGACAGACACCGGAGGGAGUAUACUUCUUUGCGUCGUCAUCCAGGGACAGUGUGUAAAAGCUUCAGAGGCGUGUGUUUUAGCGUCACCCCCUGGCAAAGCCCCCCUCCCCUGGUCCCGGCAGUGUGGGGCGCUGGGCCAUGUUCAGGGGGGGCCAUGAGCCCGGGGCGUAUACUGUUGUUUGUCUUUGGCUUCGUGGGGGGGGCCGUGGUCAUUAACUUUGCCGUGCUGGUCUCUCUGUCUGUCCUGCUGCUGGUGCACUACUCUGUCUCUACUGGCCUCCCCGCCCUGCCACGGCCCAGCAGGUACUGUACCACCGUGUGUGUGUGUGUGUGUGUGAGAGAGACAGAAACAGUCUACUGUAAGUCACCUCACUCCUGAAGGUAACUCUCUGUGAAAGGGAUGCGUGUGUUCACCUCUUCUCUCUUUCUCCAUGUCCUGUCCUCUUCUCUGCUCUCUGUUCCUACAAUCUCCUCUCAUCUUCUCCUUGUUUCACUCUCUCCAUUCUCUGCUUAAAUCACCUGUAAUUGUAUCUGCUUGCUUAGCCCUCUGACUCCACCUCAUCCCUCUUUCCCUUGCUUGUUUACUUCCCGUGGGGUAAAGCCAGUUGCCAUGAUAUUAACAUGUGGUUACCAUGCUGUUGCUGUGUUUGGGACAGACAGCCAGCCAUUAUGGUUCUGCAUGCUGAAAGUAGGUCAGGCGAGAAACUUCUCAAACAGUAGAUACUCACAGACAUACUCAUAUCCAUUCUAACAUUACAUCUUAUUUACUUUAAUGUGUCAUUUAUUUAUACAGUUGAUCCCAUUUGAUAAAUAAAAUAUCUCAUUUACAAGAGGGACCUGUCAAAGCUGUAUGCUAUUUUUGGUUUUAGAGCCAACCUUUAGGAUAUUUAUUUGAGAUUCGGGGGAAAAAAUUGUUGAUUUUAGUUCAGCUUCUCUCCGGUUUAUGUCCAAUGGCAGGCAGUGAGGCCUCUGUCUCGCUCUCUCCAUAAUUGUGUGUCGAUUGUCUAUGGGCUGCUAACAAGUAAAGCUUGCUCUUUUUACAUGGACGCCAUUGUUUCUGCCUACGGUACCUUUUCUGUUAGCUCCUCAUUGAUGUGGGUGGGUUAAUAUUGAGCUCCACUUCCAUUGAUGUUCAAAGUAGGCUUGGGCGGUAUUUGGAAAUAGCCACGGGAUGGUUUUUCAAUACCGUCAAUACCUUUAAACUCAUUCAAAUCAAAUCGAAUGUUAUUUGUCACAUGCGCCGAAUACAAAAGGUGUCGACUUUACCGUGAAAUGCUUACUUACAAGCCCUUAACCAACAAUGCAGUUCAAGAAAUAGUUAAGAAAUAUUUACUAAAUAAACGAAAGUAAAAAAUUAAAUAAAAGUAACACAUUAAAAUAACAAUAACGAGGCUAUAUACAGGGGGUACCGGUACCGAGUCAAUGUGCGGGGGUACAGGUUAGUCUAGAUAAUUUGUACAUUUAGGUAGGGGUAAAAUGACUAUGCAUUGAUAAUAAACAGAGAGUAGCAGCACUAUAAAUAGUCUGGGUGGCCAUUUGAUUAAUUGUUCAGCAGUCUUAUGGCUUGGGGGUAGAAGCUGUUAUGGAGCCUUUUGGACCUAGACUUGGCACUCCGGUAAUGCUUGCCAUGUGGUAGCAGAGAGAACAGUAUGACUUGGGUGACUGGAGUCUUUGACAAUUUUGUGGGCCUUCCUCUGACACCGCCUAGUAUAAACAGUACCAGUCAAAAGUUUGGACACACGUACUCAUUCAAGGGUUUUUCUUUAUUUUUUACUAUUUUCUACAUUGUAGAAUAACAGUGAAGACAUCAAAACUAUGAAAUAACACAUAUGGAAUCAUAUGGAUGAUGAUGGCUGCUGUUUUAUGGACUCUUAACCAACCAUGCUAUUUUGUGUGUUUUUUUCGUAUUGUUUGUAACUUAUUUUGUACAUAAUGUUGCUGCUACUGUCUCUUAUGACCGAAAAGUGCUUCUGGACAUCAGAACAGCGAUUACUCACCUUGAAAUUGACAAAUAAUUUUUAUUUAAUGAGUCGGACGAGAGGGAUUUGCUCCAGACACCCGACAGGGCCCUCAUCCCCGUCAUUCUCAGUAGAAAGAAAAGGAGAUAUCGCAGAAGGAGAUCGGGGUGCUUGGUAAGGAGCCGGCGACGAGUGGCUAAUCUGCCUUUGCCAUCGAUACUAUUGGCCAACUUACAAUCGCUUGAUAAUAAAGUGGACGAACUACAGGCACGAAUAUCCUACCAACGGGACAUUAAAAACUGUAAUAUCUUAUGUUUCACCGAGUCGUGGCUGAAUGAAGACAUGAAUAACAUACAGCUGGCGGGUUAUACACUGUAUCGGCAGGAUAGAACAGCAGCCUCUGGUAAGACAAGGGGUUGCGGUUUAUGUAUAUUCGUAAACAAAAGCUGGUGCACGAUAUCUAAGGAAGUCUCGAGAUUUUGCUCGCCUGAGGUAGAGUAUCUCAUGAUAAGUUGUAGACCACACUAUCUACCAAGAUAGUUUUCCUCUAUAUUCUUCGUAGCUGUCUAUUUACCACCACAAACCGAUGCUGGCACUAAGACCGCACUCAAUGAACUGUAUACGGCCAUAAGCAAACAGGAAAACGCUCAUCCAGAGGCAGCGCUCCUAGUGGCCGGGGACUUUAAUGCAGGGAAACUUAAAUCUGUUUUACCUCAUUUCUACCGGCAUGUUAAAUGUGCAACCAGAGGGAAAAAACUCUAGACCACCUUUACUAAACUAAACCAGGAAGCACCAGUGACUCGGUCAAUAAAAAAGUGGUCAGAUGCCUCCCAAGUGGCGCAGUGGUCUAAGGCACUACAUCGCAGUGCUAGCUGUGCCACUAGAGAUCCUGGUUCGAGUCCAGGCUCUGUCGCAGCCGUCCGCGACAGAGAGAUAAAUUAUUUAGUUUUUUUCUUGGUCAUUUUUUGGGGGGAAGCCUGGCUUCCCUUGGCAUCCAUGAAUACACGCCACUGGCCGGUAAUACCGUAUAUCCCAGUAUGAGAGAAGGACAGUAUGAUGAUAUGAAAAUCUGCCCAACCCUAGUUCAGAGGCUGAUAAUGUUUCUCAUAUUCAGAAAGAGCUGGGAGGAAAGGCUGUGGCGAAAGAACUGUUUGACGUAAAGCAAGAGAAGAUUGUUAACUUCACUACGUCAAAGCUCUACGGGGUCUGUAGAACAUGUAGGCUAACUCUGGAGUGUGUUUUGAGUGAUGUUUUGUCAUCAGGGAACUAUGGGUGCUGCAAGGUGACAUGGAAGUGGGGAAGCUAGCGCGCGCGUGUCAUGUCCUCUGGUGGUCCUCUGUAGCUCAAUUGGUAGAGCAUGGCGCUUGUAACGCCUGGGUAGUGUGUUCGAUCCCCGGGACCACCCAUACGUAAAAAUGUAUGCACACAUGACUGUAAGUCGCUUUGGAUAAAAGCGUCUGCUAAAUGGCAUAUUAUUAUUAUUAUAUUAUUAUUAUUAUUAUUAUUAUAUUAUUAUUAUUAUAUUAUUAUAUGUCUGCUGAUGAGUGUGGAACGGAAGAACCAGUACUGUGUGAAUCUACCAGCUCUACAGUCACUGGCCUGAUAUAGCGGCACAGAGGUUACUGAGAGACCAACGGAUCAGAGUGAUGUCACCCAUCAAACUAAAGCACGAAGUGGAAACUGCUGUAGCGCUUCUUUGCCAAACUCUCAAUCAUUGUCUUUCUUCUCCAAGUUUCUGGUCGGUGUGAUGUUUAUAUAUGAAGCUGGUUUGUCGUGUGAUGAGUGACUGGCGUGAUAAGUUAGUUUGCUAGCUUGAUGCCUGCAGCAGAAGUAUUGACAAGCAUUUUUAAGCACAACACAUGGGGUGCAGCACAGCACUCUGUUAUAAAAAGGAGCUCAGAGUCCACUUACAAAACACUUCAUCACAGCAUACAAUUACAUUAUCUAUCACUACUGGCACCUGACCUGAACCCACACUAUGAAUCCACAUCAUUUAAGGAAUUAACAUGGUCAACACAACAGCGCCUCUUCCCCCUCAGGAGGCUGAAAAGAUUUGGCAUGGGCCCUCAAAUCCUCAAAGUUCUACAGCUGCACCAUUUGAGAGCAUCCUGACUGGCUGCAUCACCACUUGGUACGGCAACUGCAAGGCAACCGACCGCAAGGCGCUACAGAGGGUGGUGAGUACGGCCCAGUACUUCACUGGGGCAGCGCUCCCUGCCAUCCAGGAUCUCUAUACCAGGCGGUGUCAGAGGAAGGCCCAACAAAUUGUCAAAGACUACAGCCACCCAAGCCAUAGACUUUUCUCUCUGCUACCAGAUUGCAAGCGGUACCAGUGCACAAAGUCUGGAACCAACAGGACCCUGAACAGCUUCUACCCCCAAGCCAUAAAGCAUGAAACACACCAAGAUUCUCAAUGCCGAUAGACUGCUGAUAGGUAUUUAUCACAGUGGGAGGCCAUUCCUUCUCUUGCUAGAACAAAAACGGUAGCUGCUGCAUGCCGACCCGGUAGCGACCAACCUGCCGUUUCUACUUGUAGAAUCGCAAUGCUCGUCAGUGACCAAAAACUUGACUGUUAGCCAGUCAGAGAACAAAAACCCCCAAUGGCCGCUAACAGGAGUGACAAAAAGUAGCAUUUUCUCCUUACGUCCACGGUUAAAUCAAACUCUGUGGUUAAAUGUCAUGAUACAGUAUGCAAUGUAGGCUAUGGGAUGGUAGCUAGCUAGGUGCACAGACGCAAUGCACACAACACUAAAUACUUCCUCUAAUUUAGCUAACCACUAGCUAGUAUUGACAUAAUUCAAUCACAAUUUAACAUUUAAGUCAUUUAGCAGACGCUCUUAUCCAGAGCGACUUACAGUAGUGAGCAAUGUUCCCUCUAAGCUGCGUGCGGGCGCGCAGCUCCCCCGGGACUGCCACGCAGAAUAAAUAUCAGCCUGCACAGAGAAGCACUCAACAUUCUAGUUUUCCCCUUUUAGUUAACACUAUCAACGUUUCCCUACUGUGGGAAUUGUGAUCGAGUCAACGCAAUAUUAACCACUUUCAAUGCAGCAUACUGAAACAAAACGAACUAUGCAAGACUUAGUAAGCAAAACUAGCUAUGCAAGAUAUUUUCUUGUAGGCAGAGCACAUUGGAGUAGGGGCAACAGACCAUUGCCAUAUAUGGAUCUGUUCCAUUCACUUUGAACUGGACUGUGUUUACAGCAUGUGGUUGCCGAGUAGAUACGCUUGUUUUGAGAUCAAAGCGAGAGCUGCAUGUAGCCACGCGUGCACAUUUGUUCAUAUUCUUUGCUAGUGAGUGAGUUAUUAGCCCAGAUAUAGCACAUUUAUAGUCAUCAAUGGGGGAGUGGUUGAUUCCUAUAAAAGCACAAAACGUGUGCAUUUCUAGCCAUCUUUGAAAAGCGAGUCAAGUAAAGAGCUUUUUUUUUUUGUCUUAAUGGGGCAGUGUUGUAUUUUGAGAAGGUCUUGAAUAAGCCAAGUAGCCAAUUGGCAGAGGGUAGUAUAAUUUGUCUGAUUCUCUGUAAUGAUGGUCUGCUAAAUGGCAUAUUGUUAUGAUGGUAUAGGAAUAAUAAUGAAUCUUAUUUUGUAAAGUCGUUUCUUGCAACAAACAACACAUUUCCAGUCACCACCUUGUCUGAAGGACAAGUGGAUAAACAGGUUAAUGUCAAGCCCUGUGAGUUUUUUCCAAAAGUCUCAUGGAAUGUAGGUCUACAUUGAACACCACGCAUUGGAUGCUACUGUAGGCAGAAUGAUAGAACAGCAAUUGUUAAAAUGUUAUGGGAUGCAUUUUCUCCAUUGUUUUUUAUGGUAGGCCACUCAGGUAGGCAGGCCUACAUUAUGAUCAAUAGCCACAAUAGCCUACUUGGCCACUGUUAAAACUGUAACUUAAAGCGGGUACAGCCUCAGUUCACAGUAAACGCACACCAGAAGAAUUUUCACAAUGUUCAAGUUUGCGCUCAGCAGACCUGAAAUUUGCUCAGUGCCGAAAGAAAUUAGAGGGAACAUUGGUAGUGAGUGCAUACAUUUUCAUACUUUUUUCGCACUACUCCCCCGAGGCAGUUGAACCCACAACCCUGGCGUUUCAAGCGCCAAGCUCUACCAACUGAGCCACACGGGACAAUGAAUUAGUUUCCAUGAAACAACUUGGCUGUGUUAACUGUUUACUAAAUAAAUUAAAGUAAAUAAAAAAAAUAAAAAAAAGUUACACAAUAAAAUAACAAUAACGAGGCUAUAUAGAGGGGGUACCCGUACCGAGUCAAUGUGCGGGGCUACAGGUUAGUAGAGAUAAUUUGUACAUGUAGGUAGGGGUAAAGUGAAUGUGCAUAGAUAAUAAACAGCGAGUAGCAGCCGUGUAAAAACAAAGGGGGUGUGGAGGGGGGUCAAUGUAAAUAGUCCGGGUGGCCAUUUUAUUAAUUGUUCAGCAGUCUUAUGGCUUGGGGGUAGAAGCUGUUAAGGAGCCUUUUGGACCUAGACUUGGCUCUCCGGUAACGCUUGCCGUGCGGUAGCAGAGAGAACAGUUUAUGACUUGGGUGACUGGAGUCUUUGACAAUUGGACCUUCCUCUGACACCGCCUAGUAUAUAGGUCCUGGAUGGCAGGAACCUUGGCCCCAGUGAUGUAAUGGGCCGUACGCACUACCCUCUGUAGCUCCUUGCGGUUGGAUGCCGAGCAGUUGCCAUAACAGGCAGUGAUGCAACCGGUCUGGAUGCUCUCGAUGGUGCAGCUGUAUAACUUUCUGAGGAUCUGGGGACCCAUGCCAAAUCUUUUCAGUCUCCUGAGGGGGAAAAGGUUUUGUCGUGCCCUCUUCAUGACUGUCUUGGUGUGUUUGGACCAUGAUAGUUUGUUGGUGAUGUGGACACCAAGGAACUUGAAACUCUCGACCCACUCCACUACAGCCCCGUCAAUGUGAAUGGGGGCGUGUUCGGCCCUUCUUUUCCUGUAGUCUUGCUCACAUUGAGGGAGAGGUUGUUGUCGUGGCACCACACUGACAGGUCUCUGACCUCCUCCCUAUAGGCUGUCUCAUUGUUGUCGGUGAUCAGGCCUACCACUGUUGUGUCGUCAGCAAACUUAUUGAUGGUGUUGGUGUCGUGCUUGGCCACGCAGUCAUGGGUGAACAGGGAGUACAGGAGGGAACUAAGCACACACCCCUGAGGGGCCCCCGUGUUGAGGAUCAGCGUGGCAGAUGUGUUGUUGCCUACCCUUACCACCUGGGGGUGGCCCGUCAGGAAGUCCAGGAUCCAGUUGCAGAGGGAGGUGUUUAGUCCCAGGGUCCUUAGCUUAGUGAUGAGCUUUGUGGGAACUAUGGUGUUGAACGCUGUGCUCUAGUCAAUGAACAGCAUUCUCACAUAGGAGUUCCUUUUGUCCAGGUGGGAAAGGGCAGUGUGGAGUGCGAUUGAGAUUGCGUCAUCUGUGGAUCUGUUGGGGUGGUAUGCGAAUUGGAGUGUGUCUAGGGUUUCCGGGAUGAUGGUGUUGAUGUGAGCCAUGACCAGCCUUUCAAAGCACUUCAUGGCUACUGACGUGAGUGCUACGGGGCGGUAGUCAUUUAGGCAGGUUACCUUCGCUUCCUUGGUUACAGGGACUAUGGUGGUCUGCUUGAAACAUGUAGGUAUUACAGACUCGGUCAGGGAGAGGUUGAAAAUGUCAGUGAAGACACUUGCCAGUUGGUUGGCGCAUGCUCUGAGUACACGUCCUGGUAAUCCGUCUGGCCCCGCGACCUUGUGAAUGUUGACCUGUUUAAAGGUCUUGCUCACAUCGGCUAUGGAGAGCGUGAUCACACAGUCGUCCGGAACAGCUGGUGCUCUCAUACAUGUUUCAGUGUUGCUUGCCUCGAAGCGAGCAUAAAAGGCAUUUAGCUCGUCUGGUAGGCUCGCGUCAAUGGGCAGCUCGCGGCUGGGUUUCCCUUUGUAGUCCGUAAUAGUUUGCAAGCAUCAGAGCCGGUGUAGUAGGAUUCAAUCUGACCACUUCCGUAUUGAGCGAGUCACUGGUACGUCCUGCUUUAGUUUUUGCUUGUAAGCAGGAAUCAGGAGGAUAGAAUUAUGGUCAGAUUUGCCAAAUGGAGGGUGAGGGAAUGCUUUGUAUGCGUCUCUGUGUGUGGAGUAAAGGUGGUCAAGAGUUUAUUUUCCUCUGGUUGCACAUGUGACAUGCUGGUAGAAAUGAGGUAAAACCGAUUUAAGUUAAUGUCUCUAUGACUCACAUAAAGUGCAAAUUAGGAAAAAAACGUUAACUUCUCCUGAGACCAAUCAACAAUCCAUCUCUUCUCCCUUAUUCUGUCACUACUGAAUAUUCCUUCCCCGCUUCUUUCUCUAAAUCCAGGAAGGAACGUCCCAUCUCCAUGGGGUUAUUCCAGUUACCAGGAAGGGAUUUGACCCCUGACCCGCAGAGGGAAACCGUGGAAACGCCGUCUGAACCCUGGAGAUAUAACGACCUAAGCCACCCUUACUCCAACACCAGCCUUAAGGUAACAAUCUACUUCCCACGUCAAUCGCUUUUCUCAGAUGCCAACGUUGUUCUAACAUGCAGCCACUGUUUUGGACAUACUUUUCACAAAUUCACUGUGUGAGUACAAAGUGUACUCAAUGGUUUAAAUCUGCAAUCUAAGAUGAACGACUGUACCCUCAGACCUGACCAGCCCCCAUGCCUCCUCUCCUCUUAGCGUUUCCCAGGACUCUGAGGGGUGACGUAAGGCAGGGGUAAUUUGGCCCAGAGUAGAUAGUGUGUGUCUGUGUGGAAACAUACGAUUUCAACCCUUCACUCUGCCAGAGGAUGGGAAGCCUUAUUGAAAAGGAAGCUUGAUUCAGUGUGUCUGUACUACCAAAGCACGAUUGAGAGGGAGACUUGAAUCAGUGUGUCCGGAAUGCCUAAGGGGUGAGAGUGUGGCUGGGGGCCCAUGGGGAGAGAGGAAGUGGUACCAUUCGGGGCCAGGAGCAGGGGAAGAGUAGAACAGAGGAGAGAGAACAGGGGAAUAGAGGAGCGAGAGAAGAGUUAAACAGAGAAACAGGACAGAGUGUCUUAGCAGACCGAAGGGCCGCUUUCUGCCGGGGCCACACUAGAACCUCCCCGCGGUUGCCCAUAGAAACCACGCCGCGAGCAAGGUUCCAUCAUGAAUACUCAUUCAUGAUUGGCUGAUUUUAAGUAUUCAUUUGUUGUGAUAUUUUCCUCCACGGGGGUCAGAUGGAAUGAUUCAGAUACCAGGAAGAGGGGGCUUUCAUGUCAGAAGUUGCAAGACAACAUUUGAAAUAAGAUAUGGGACUGGCAGUUAAGUUUCAUCUACUAAUGUUUAAGCUCAGUCCUGGCUGCUACUAAAUCAUAUUUUCUACUUAAUCCUCCUCUAUCCUCCUAUCUAUCAAACCUUUGCUUUCUCUAUGAAAGCAUCUCUUUUCUUUCUCUAUCCCUGAUCCCACUAAACUGUCCCUUUCUCACUUUUGAGGCCUCUGGCACAAUAGAGGUGUCAGUGUGGAUCACACGCUGACUUUUUCAAACACACACACACAUACAUAGCCUUUUCACCAGGCUCCCACAGUUCAGACUCACAGGGAUGCCUUUGUGUUACACCUCUGAUUCGACAUUUCCCAAAGAUUUACAGUUUUCGGGGGGGGGGGGGGGGGGGGGGGGUGCGUUAGCUAGCUGUUCCCAUGGACUUCCAGUCAUUGAGCCAACAACUAUCCAUUUAAAAGCGCAUCUUGCCAGAAAAAAUAAAUAAUAUAUACAGUUGAAGUCGGAAGUUUACAUACACUUAGGUUGGAGUCAUUAAAACACGUUUUUCAACCACUCCACAAAUGUCUUGUUAACAAACUAUCGUUUUGCCAAGUCUGUUAGGACAUCUACUUUGUGCAUGACACAAGUCAUUUUUCCAACAAUUGUUUACAGACAGAUUAUUUCACUUAUAAUUCACUGUAUCACAAUUCCAGUGGGUCAGACGUUUACAUACACUAAGUUGACUGUGCCUUUAAACAGCUUGGAAAAUUCCAGAAAAUGAUGUCAUGGCUUUAGAAGCUUCUGAUAGGCUAAUUGACAUCAUUUGAGUCAAUUGGAGGUGUACCUGUGGAUGUAUUUCAAGGCUUACCUUCAAACUCAGUGCCUCUUUGCUUGACAUCAUGGGAAAAUCAAAAGAAAUCAGCCAAGACCUCAGGAAAAAAAAAAACGGUAGUCCUCCAAAAGUCUGGUUCAUCCUUGGGAGCAAUUUCCAAACACCUGAAUGUACCACGUUCAUCUGUACAAACAAUAGUACUCAAGUAUAAACACCAUGGGACAACACAUCAUACCGCUCAGGAAGGAGACGCGUUCUGUCUCCUAGAGAUGAAUGUACUUUGGUGCGAAAAGUGCAAAUCAAUCCCAGAACAACAGCAAAGGACCUUGUGAAGAUGCUGGAGGAAACAUGUACAAAAGUAUCUAUAUCCACAGUAAAACGAGUCCUAUAUCGACAUAACCUGAAAGGCCGCUCAGCAAGGAAGAAGCCACUGCUCCAAAACCGCCAUUUAAAAGCCAGACUACGGUUUGCAACUGCACAUGGGGUCGAAGAUCGUUCUUUUUGGAGAAAUGUCCUCUGGUCUGAUGAAACAAAUAUAGAACUGUUUGGCCAUAAUGACCAUCGUUAUGUUUGGAGGAAAAAGGGGGUCGCUUACAAGCCAAAGAACACCAUCCCAACCGUGAAGCAUGGGGGUGGCAGUAUCAUGCUGUGGGGGUGUUUUGCUGCAGGAGGGACCGGUGCACUUCACAAAACAGAUGGCAUCAUGAGGAAGGAAAAUUAUGUGGAUAUAUUGAAGCAACAUCUCAAGACAUCAGUCAGGAAGUUAAAGCUUGGUCGCAAAUGGGUCUUCCAAGUGGAAAAUGACCCCAAGCAUACUUCCAAAGUUGUGCCAAAAUGGCUUAAGGACAACAAAGUCAAGGUAUUGGAGUGGCCAUCACAAAGCCCUGACCUCAAUCCUAUAGAAAAUGUGUUGGCAGAACUGAAAAAGCGUAUUUAGUCAGCCACCAAUUGUGCAAGUUCUCCCACUUAAAACGAUGAGAGAG